CCCACCGCCCAACGCCCACCGCCCGCCGGAAAAACGUCGCGAGUGCCCAAUAUCGAGUUUACCCACAAUAAAACCCCGAGUUAAACCCAUAAAAUCCUAACAAAAUGAGCAAGCUAAUCACCUCCGCGGACAUCGAGGACGGUAAGGUGGAGUUCGACAAGGCCACCGGUGCCAGCACCAAGUACAAGGUGAUCGACGGUGGCUACGAGGUGAUCACCACCACCCCCCAGCCGAAUGGCACCGUGAAGACCUCGACGCGCACCUUCUGGGACCCGAAGCCCGUCAGCGAGGAGGAUCUGAAGAAGGAGCAGGCGAACAAGAAGCUCGUCCAGAAGCGCCUGGGCAAGGAGAUCCGCAUCGAUGAGCGCACCACCAUGCUGACCCGCGCCAUCGAAGGUGGCUACGAGGAGGUGUACACCACCAUCAACGAGGACGGAACUCGGGCCACGCGCACCAAGACCUUCUACGACUCGGUGCCCACCGAAGUGGACGAGAACACCGCCGCCAAGCUGAACAAGAACAAGAAGAACAUCACCAGGAAGUCGUCGGUGGACUCCACCGAUUCCACCGAAUCCUCUCGUCGCAUCGUUCAGAAGAAUCAGCAGACCAACUCCACCACAACCUCGGAGCGUCGUGUUUCGGUGACCCAAACUCAGAACAUCGAGAUCACCGAGAACAAUCGCACCGUGCGCAAGAACUCCCAGCAGGAGCAGAAGGCCAUCACCUCCUCGAACACCACCAACACCACGGAUAAGAAGAAGAAGAAGAAGUCGUCGGCUCCACCACCACCAGCUGACUUCUUCCAGAACGACACCACCUCGGUGUCCUCGAAGCGAGUGCCCGGUGGCGUGGAGUACACCUACUCCACUGAACUGGAAUCCGGCAAGACCAUCACCACCUCGAAGACCGUCUACGAGGAGGAGGAGGUGGAGCUCACCGAAGAGGAGAUCAAGCAGUACAAGAAGACCCUCAAGGAUGCCGAGAAGCACAAGAACGUGACCACCACCAAGAAACUGAAGUCCGAGUCCGGAACCAAGAAGAUCGUCCCCUCGGAGAAUCCCGGCGACGUGACCACCGUGGAGACCAUCAAGAUCGAGGGCGGCACCGAGUACCACUACACCACCGUCACCGCCGAGGGCAUCGUGAAGAAGGCGGUGAAGACCGUCUUCGAUCCCGUGCCCAGCAACAAUCCCGACGACACCGACGAGGAGGAGAUCAUCGAGGAGUACGAGGAGGAGAUCAUCGAGCCCGGCGAGAAGAACGUCAAGACCAUCGAGACUGUGAAGCAGCUGCCCACCAAGUUCGAGGAGGAAGUGACCAUCACCCAUGAGAGGAAGGAGAAGAAGGUAAAGAAGUCGAUGGUCAUAAGCCAGUAGAGAUCGCCGCACACCCACACUGAAACACACUCAACUGCACACACACUCACAUGACACUCACACGCACAUAAGGCACACGAACACACACAAACAAACAGAAACAGCUUAAGAAAUGGCCCGAAGAACGAACGAGGAACGAAGAGGCCCUGCGAAGAUCCCAAGCUAAUUCUCCUGACCUAUUUCAGCAUCCAGUUCAGUUAGUUGCGAGCGGUCUUUGCACGCUAGUCGUUAGCUUUCUUAUCAAUUACCAGCUGUCUAGUGCCCUAGAAAUGUAUUACGAAAUUAUCCAAAAUUUAUUGCAGAAAACUAUCUAACAUAUUUGUAUCCUUUUUGUUAACAAAAAUAAAUCACUAGUUUUGGUUCUAA